CCAGAGAGACCUUCACGCCCAUUUUUAAUCUCACAUUUGUACUCUCUCCUUCUUCCCUCGCCGUCUCCGUCUCCGGCAGACCUGAAAAGCAGAGACAGCCAUGGCGGCAGCGCUGGAAUGCUGGUCCAGCCGAGCCAGUACGGACGAGGACAUGGCGGAGCAAGUCCUCAUGAGAGCCGGCGACAGAUCGGAAGGUGCGCUGAGGAACGCCGCAUCUUCCUCCUUCGAUGUGUGCGGAGGCGGUGCCGGCGGCCUCAAGGAGUCGUCGGCGAUGCAGAAGCGGUUCCAGAAGCUGGGCAGGAACGUUUCCGAAGCCAUUGCGUCGCUGAAGAACUCGUUCAACAUCGAUUCUGUCCGCGAAUCUCCCGCUCCGCCUCCUUCUCCUCAUCCGGCCGGACGUACGGAGGGAUGCCGGAAGCAGUUUUGGGCCGGCGUCGUGCGCAGCCUGACUCAGCUCUACCCUGGCAGUCAGCUUCCCGAGAGACUCGUUUCCAACAUCCGCAAGCAUUACGACUCUUUGCCUCUCAGUUACGCGCAAGCUGGUUUUGAAAUGAAGGAUGUAUUUCUACACAUCAAAUUGCUUGAACAAGCGUCAAUGGAGGAUCAACCGGCAAUAAUGAUACAAGAGGCGUCUGAAGAAGACGAAGAAGUUCAUGGGUCGGGUGUAUAUAAGCUGACAUUCGCUUGCAGUUCUUCUAUUUCUUGGCCGGCCAUGUCUGGGGCCCUUGAUAGUGCGUCGAUUUCUUGUAGAAAAACACAGAUCUUCGAGAAGAAAGGGUUCACAUUAGGGGUAGUUUUGCUUUUAGUUCAGCAAAUUGAUCAGGAGAGAAUUUUCAGAACUCGGAUUGAAAAUGCUCUCAAAUCUGCUCUCAAGAAGCCAAAAAAUAAGAAGCUCCCUUUCCGGCUUUGUGGGUGUCAAGAACAGAACACUCCCGGGAGAGAGUUUGGGGAGGUUGAAGAUGAGGACUGUGGUCAACCAACUUACAGAACUGCAAGAGAUGAUACCAGCCCGGAAGCACCUUUGCACAGCUUUUCGUUUAUAGUAUCUGUAAAUGAAUGGCAAACGGUGCAAUCCAGUGGGAAUGAGAUUGAGAAGUGGCUUUUGAGCCCAGAUAUGCUCGAGUUCACUGACCAGCUUGGACCUUGUACCUUCAAGGGGGUAUACAAGGGAAAGCGAGUUGGGAUCGAGAAGCUCAAAGGCUGUGACAAAGGAAAUGCGUAUGAGUUUGAGCUUCGAAGAGAUUUGUUGGAGUUGAUGACUUGCCAACACAGGAGUAUAUUGCAUUUCUACGGCGUGUGCAUUGACGAUGAUCAUGGAUUGUGUGUUGUGACUAAGCUAAUGGAAGGCGGAUCCGUUCACGAUUAUCUCUUCAAGAAUAAAAAGAUUCAAACUAAAGAGAUUAUGAAGAUUGCGUGCGAUGUAGCUGAGGGGCUCCAGUUCAUGAAUGAUCAUGGAGUUUCCUAUAGAGACCUUAAUACUCAGAAGAUCUUAUUAGACAAAUAUGGGAAUGCUUGCCUCGGCGACAUGGGAAUUGUCGCUGCUUGCAAUGGUGGUGGUGAAGCUAUGGAGUAUGAAACUGAUGGCUAUAGAUGGCUAGCUCCCGAGAUCAUUGCCGGUGACCCAGAAAAUGUUGCAGAAACAUGGAUGAGCAACGCGUAUAGUUUCGGUAUGAUAUUAUGGGAACUAGUGACGGGGGAGGAAGCGUAUUCCUCCUAUUCUCCGGUGCAGGCUGCCGUUGGGAUUGCUGCUUGUGGCCUUAGGCCUGAAAUCCCAAAGGACUGCCCCCAAACUCUUAGGUCUUUGAUGACCAAGUGUUGGAACAGUUGCCCUUCAAAGCGCCCUCCCUUCUCUCACAUUGUAUCAACUUUGACCCCAUCCCAGCAGCAAUAAUAGCUCCCACUUUUCAUGGCGUCUUUUGGGUGGGUUUAUACUUGCAGGAGUUGAAAUUCCAUGCCAAAAGACUUGGGUCUCUUCUGUCUGGGAUUUAUUAUAUCUGUCUAUUCCAACUCAUUACAUCAAAAGAAAAAAAGUCAAGGGUCCAGG